AAACAGGACCAGAAUUACACGGAAGGAGCAUGUGCGGACAAGCUCGGUUUGAUGGGCUUGAUCCAAAAGCCCGCAUAGGCUGAGCACCGUCUAGUCGUCGCCAGUUUCGUUCCGCUGCAGCAGCGGCAGCGCUCCCCUCCUCGACGCCGCGGCUUCUCCUCAUCCUCGCCCGCUCCGUCCGCUGACUGGAAGUGGUCUACACAGAAGGUUACCAUAUUGUUAAGUUAAAGUUGGAUCAUUGGAACAAUGCCGCCCCAUAAGAUUGAGACUGGGCAUCAAGAUGUGGUCCAUGAUAUUGCCAUGGAUUACUACGGGAAGCGCCUAGCUACAGCCUCCUCUGAUAACACAAUAAAGAUCAUUGGCGUAAGUGGAACCUCACACCAGCAGCUUGCAACCUUGAGUGGACACCAGGGCCCAGUAUGGCAAGUCGCAUGGGCUCAUCCCAAGUUUGGUUCCAUGCUUGCAUCCUGCAGCUACGACGGCCGGGUGAUCAUCUGGAAGGAAGGAAGCAAGCCUGAUGAAUGGGCACUAGCACACACCUUUGCUGAGCACAAGUCCUCCGUGAACUCCAUUGCAUGGGCGCCUCAUGAGCUGGGUCUAUGCUUGGCUUGUGGUUCAUCAGACGGGAACAUUUCAGUCUUCGCUGCUCGUUCUGAUGGAGGUUGGGACACCACACGUAUCGACCAGGCACAUCCAGUUGGUGUGACCUCAGUUUCCUGGGCUCCAGCAAUGGCACCAGGAGCUCUAAUCAGCGCAGGAUCUUCUGGCCAGUUUGAGUAUGUUCAGAAACUCGCUUCUGGUGGCUGCGACAACACGGUUAAGGUGUGGAAGCUCAACAAUGGGAGUUGGCGGAUGGACUGUUUCCCUGCCCUACAGAUGCACAAGGACUGGGUGAGAGAUGUCGCGUGGGCCCCAAACCUGGGCCUUCCAAAGUCCACCAUCGCCAGCGCCUCUCAGGACGGAACGGUCGUCAUCUGGACAGCAGCAAAAGAAGGUGAGCAGUGGGACGGCCGGGUGCUGUAUGAUUUCAGAACCCCCGUUUGGAGGCUGUCGUGGUCACUGACUGGGAACAUACUGGCGGUUUCCGACGGCAACAACAAUGUGACCCUGUGGAAGGAAGCUGUGGAUGGCGAAUGGCAGCAAGUGACGACUGUUGAGCCAUAGGUCCUCUCGAGUUAUUCCUCGCCUGUAUUUUCUAAAUAAUAAUUGUAGUUUUCGUGUAAGGUAAAGUUAUGCCCCUGUGGGUAGCAUGUGGGACUGUUUGUGGUUCACAGCUGUUGGCGAGGCACAGUGCACGAGACAUGGUUUCAGGCUCGGGCAAAAGUGAACAAUUAACUUGUUAUACAGUCCAUUCUGUUUAUUCA